AUGAAGAGCAUACAUUUCGGAUUCAAUAAUACCGACGUUGGUGAAUUGAAGAAGUUCAAUAUAGUGAAAAACAUGUUUUUGAAUAAUAGUAAUUUAAAAUCCAUACCUAAAUUAUGUCUUAAGAAUUCCAUUGUCAAAUAUUUGUUCUUGUUUAAUAACAGUAUUUCGGAGGUGCGCAAAGAAAGCUUCCAGGGAAUAUUAAAACUUGAAGUGUUAUCUUUGGCUUACAACAAAAUAAAGUUUUUGGGAGGGAAAUCUAUUCCCGACGCGAAGAUCGUUCAUCUCAACAAUAAUUUGAUUAAAGUUAUUAACCAGAAAAUGUUCGUUAAUAUAUUGCGUUUGAAGCAGUUGUCGUUGCAUUGCAAUAAUCUUCGGAUACUUCAAGCUACGAUGGAAAAAUAUGUUGGAACAAAAAUUGUGUUGGAUUACAAUAAGAUCGACUAUUUGGAAAGCAUGUCGAUACCGGCCUCAAGCGAAGUGUACUUGAAGAAUAACGCUCUGACGUCCAUUCACGCGAAACACUUUGUUAAUAUCACAGUGAUAGAAGUGCUGGAGUUAUCAUGGAAUAAUAUUAUCUACGUUUCGAACAACAGUUUUCUGGGUUCUCAGUUGAAAACUCUGAGGUUGGAUUACAACAAGAUCUUAACGAUCGAUCAAUUUUGUUAUAUGCAGCAACAAUCACAGUUCCUUAAUUAG